GCAACCUCACCGGUUGGCACAUUUUUCAACUUCCUUCCAAACGAAGACUAAAAACAAGCCAAUAACUUAUACCAGCCAGGAUGCAGCUAGCCUCUAAAACAUCCCGAUGGGAAUCAAUUCCAACACGCCAAAGUCCACGCUUUCCUCGAAAUGUUCAUCGGACACGACGAGGACCACCCAAGCUGGCCCGUCGUCACAGCUCCCAGCGCAACAUCACCGAUGCUUCGCUGAAACAAUUGCAGAGUGAGCUCAAUGAUAAGUUUGAUAUCCAAGAGGGAAACCUUGCCCCUCGACGGGCAACUUUGCUCGAUGGUAUCCUGGACAACAAGGUUCGCUACGAUCGCAAAAAUCAUCCCGUCAUUAUUGUGCGACGAUCCACCACCACCACAGCAUGCUCCGAGAUCACCUUUGACUCUGGGUAUUUCUCCGUGGAUGAUAAUGACUACGAUGAUGACGAUGAUGAUGAUGUUUCCGAAGAAGCCUCCCUGGUUGAUGACGACGAUGACGAGGACACCAUUACCGUGGCACACCGACCAUCGAAAGCUACACUCUCUCACCAACCAACCCUUGACACCUAUGAAGAAGACGAGGAAGACGACGACUGUGACAUUCCCGUUCCUCGCAUACUGAUCUUUGGGUUGGAACCACGCCGCAGGAUGGCGCAGGUGCACCCCAUCAGAGUGGUAACGGAACAAGUCAGCAAAGAGUUCAGUACCAGCAACCACAAGAAUGUACAAGUUGAUACAGCCGUGAUUCUGACAGAGAGUCAACUGGACGACGACAGCCGAGAUAGUGAAUACGUUCUAGCCAUGGCGUCCAUCAAGAAGAACAUUCAGAGAACGACGUCACAGCCAGAUGCUGUCAUUGUGAUCACUUCCGAUUCCGAUUCAUCUGACGUUACACUGGAGGGGUACCAUCACAUGGACCAAACCAGUGCCAAUACCAAGGUGUUCAGUCUUCUAGAGGCGCUCCGGGUCCAUGAAAUCCCUGCGUGUGCCAAGCCCCGAUAUGGGACGGAUGCCUGUAAGCAGUGGAGUGAUCGGUUUCAAACAGCGGGGUUAUCUACUUCACCUCCCAUCAUCUUCUUCCAUCUCCCACCAAGUGCCCAGACGGCCUAUCAACAAGUUCCAUACUUGAAACCAGAAACUUCCGCCAAAGGUGUUUCCAUUGCAGUCUCCAGGUUGGCAAAGCGACUUGCUAACAAACGAACGAGUUUGGUGGCAACGACCUAGAUGGACGACGCCUGCAGCACUCCACUGCAACUACGUGCAUAGCUACCCAUAGAAUCCUUACAUAACACAUACCAGUAGACUGUUACUUUACAACCGGA